AUGGCACGCUCCUCUAAAAAGAAAGCUCCCGCACAUCGCUAUCCCGACCUAGUCAAAGAGGCCUCGGAAGCCCAAAUACUCCAGGUGCUGAGCAUCCCAAAGACCUGGGUAGAAGCAGAUAUGAAAUGUCGGCCGCUACGGAUAUCUCCCAGAAAACGUACCAGACUGAAGGUGACAUCUGGCUUCUUCGACUUCUUACCAUUUGAGAUCUUGGAUAUGAUCCUGCUUGGGCUUGACUACUGCUCUCUUUCCACGCUGUGCGUAGUGAACACGAAAGCCGAGUCUUACAUUAAACAUACACUGUUUUACAAAAAUGUAGUAGAGCAUUGCUACAAGGCUCUUCAGAAAAUGAAAGAGUGGGACCUGCUCCGUGUAUAUAGCGCGAAGACUAUCUACAGGACACUAUCCAAUGGACAAUGCUCGGUUCCAGGAUGCGGGAGACUGGGUUCUUUGCUUUUCUUACCAGGCUGCUACCGCUCAUGUGCCCUUUGCCUUGGCUCUACACCUCAUUUAUCAUUAAUCGCGCUGGAGACUGCUGCAGAAAGAUACGGGCUGAGCGAAGCAGAUAUCGCCGACAAUGUACUUUGUGUUCGGCCCCCCGGAUGGCCUGAAAGUGAAACUUUUGUGGUGGAAGCCGAUGCCAUCAGCUUAGCUACUCACUUACGUGGUAGUCGGCCACCCAUAUUCUGUCGAUCAGUGGGAUGGUCAGAUAUGAUAGUUAAUCAUAUGACUGUUUGUCACUUCCCAUUUGCUGAUCCAGAUACCGGAAAGCUGGAAUUUGGGAGGAAAUGUCGUGUGUGCUGUCUAAAGUACACAGAGGUGUGCAAGACGGGGUCGAAAGAUGCUGACGAUCGUCCCAUUACUGAGUUGGAGAUCUCAAAACAUGAGAUGAAGAAGUUCAAAAAAAGUGCUCUAGCUGUCUAUGGAACUAAGCAGCUCUUAGGGCAUAUCUACAAUGGUGAAUGUCCACAUGCUCAGGAGUUCUGGUCACGCGAGAUCAAAAAGACCAAAAACCGUACGUAA